UUUCGUCUCAUCGCCAACUCGCCUUCUCGCUUCAAUUCAUUCUCCACCCACCAUUGAAAUUUUAUAUAUCUCACCGCCCCCAAAAUAUCUGCAACUAACGUUGAUGAUCACGAUUGAAACAUCCUAUAAGAUGGGUGUAUCUCUACCCUUUAUUUGAUUCACUAGCUUCCCCAUUUCCUCGGAAUUGAAACAUGAUGUUAAGGAGCUCUUCUACGCCGAUUCUUGGAUCCCUGCUCUCUUCCCAUGGAGAUAGCGGCGGCGGCCAACUUCACCACCACCACCACCACCAAUUACCAGAAAGCAUAACCCCAAACCAGACACCAUCGUCUGCUCAUCAUCACAAGAAAUCGAUCUCUGUAAACCAUGCCCAUGUCGGGUUCACCAAACUUUCUUUCAAUUCUUCUCCCACAGUUAGCCUGCCGUUUUCCGGUAACGGGUUUCGGAGAGCUCAGUCGGAGGGGAAUCUGGAAGGUUUAACGGCCGAUGCUUUGUGCAACAACGCGGAUGAAUUCAGCCUAGCAGUUCCGCUGCGAAAAUUUGCGCGCAAGCCACGCGCGUCGUUCUUGGAAGCCAUUCCGUCUUUCUCGGCGACGGGUCCGAGGAGUCACGGGGAAGACGAGGAGAGUGAUGAGGAAUGGGAGGCGUUUGGUAGCGCUAACCCCGGCAUGAGUGAGGAACUGAGAUGGUGUCUCAGCAAAUUCCCAGCUUUGGAAGUCGCCGGCGUUGGAUUUGGUAGCGGCGGCGGGUAUCCUACCGGAGGAAGCGACGGCGGAAGGGGUGGGUUUGACGGCGGUGACAGCUUUGGGAUUAGUACAGAAGAGCAUUAUAAGAAAAUGGUGGAGGAGAAUCCAGGCAAUCCUCUGCUAUUAAGGAAUUACGCUCAGUUCUUAUACCAGACAAAGAAGGAUGCUAAAAAAGCAGAGGAAUAUUACUCGAGGGCGAUUCUAGCGGACCCGGCUGACGGGGAAGUUCUAUCACAGUACGCAAAGCUUAUCUGGGAGGUCCAUGGCGAUGCAGAAAACGCCACCAGCUAUUUUGAACGGGCGGUUCAGGCCGCUGCAGGAGACAGUCAUGUUGAAGCUGCAUACGCUAGUUUUCUGUGGGAGGUGGAAGACAACGAGGAAGAAGAUGAUGGAGUUGAUAUGCCACCCACAAUCACCCAUCAACAACGACCAAUGGCUUCUGCAUUUGCUUGCUAGAAGCCAAGGGAGGGAGGGAGGGACUUCGUCUCAUACUUUAUUAGUUAUGAAAUCUCCUUUUUUCCAGCUACCUAACUCCUAGCUGCUGCAUUUUUACUAUUGUAUAAGAUUAGCAGCAAAACUCAUUCCCGUAUACGUUUAAAAGAUGUUCAUAUAAACACUAGUCUUCGGUAGUGCCAUAAUUUCUUUGAAACAAAUAUAGUGCGUACGAGAUCUUCUACUCCGUAUAUCAGAGGGAGAAACAUGAGAAAAGCAACCGCUUAAAAUAAGUCCUGUGCACCUAAACAACAAAUAUCUCAAGGAAAUAAACAUAAACAAGCAACGUUUGUUU